GCACAUUUCAUUAUAAAUGCAUUAGAUAUAAGCAAUAUGCAGAUACGAUGGAUGUGCACUAUAUAGUUUCAUUUCCACAUUGUCAUUCAAAUUAAAUGUAUGUAUCUUUCAUUAAUCAAAUUGUGCAAUUGCCAAAGUAAUAAUAAUAAUGGCAUAGUUAAUUCUUGUUACUUUCGAUUCGGCUUUAAAAACUUUUAGAUUAACCUAUUCAAAUUACCAAGUCGAAUAGUGCCGAAAUUAGGCCAGAGGUCUGUGAGCGAUUACAUCAUGGGUGAGCAUUCAUCGACUCAUUUCUCUGCAAUAUAUCGGCUUACACAAUCGUUUUUGGCUGUUAACCCACGCCACAGUUUCGUGAGUGUAAGAUAAAGAAAAAAAAGGAGCGGAUAAUUUAUUCGGAUGAUCAGCCGAUGUGAAAGAGAACGACAGGAUCCGGAGAUCGCGACUGGUGCGGCACCAAUUGCAAUAAGUAGAAAGCACCUUCUUCGUCUGAGGAAACGAGCCCAAACUCUCAACAAGCCGGAUUGGUCGACGAUUCGUGUGGGAUAAAGCGGCAGCCCUUAUAGAUCGACGAAGUGGAUUCACGAUCCAAUCGUACCUCCGUCGACUUGUGUUGAAACUCGCAGGAGUCAGCCGUCUGUCACGCGAUCUGUCUCGAGAAUUGUCGAAAGGAUGUUGUACUGUGGUUUUCUGAGCGUCCUUUUUCUACUAAGCGACGCAUAUGGCGGAGCUCCGGAGAACAGAGUACGACGUCAAGAUUCAUCCGCACAAAAUGGUCAGCUGAUAGACAGCAUUUUUAACAUUCCAAUAACGGCAAUCACACAAACAGCCUCUGCUGCUCAAGUUAUUUCGCCAGAGAACACGCAGACAAUAGACAGUCUUUUUCAGGUUCCCGUCUCAACUCUACAAGCUAUCGGUUCACUUGUAAAAACUGCAAGGGAGCAAAGGCUACAAGCUCCCGAAAAUAUUUUAGCUCGUCAACAGAGGAGAGAACAAAUCUUGGCUCUAAAAGAGCAAAAAAGAAAGCGAAAAGAAGAAAUUCAAAAUCAGCGAUUGCAGGAUCAAUUGAAUAGAACAGUCAGGCAUCAUAAAGAUCCGCUUGGAUUAAAUGCGUUGAGCCAUUUUCUGAUUGGAGGACACCACGCUGGUGGACUUCUCGGACAUUCUGGAUUGAGUGGUCUCCACGGAGGUCAUAGGAUUGGUCAUGGUCUUCACAGUCAUGGAAUUCAUCACGGUGGACAUCUGGGGAAUCGCCCGCAACACACCUAUGAGGUCCAUGAGAAUGUUAACGAAGAUACGUCUUUCUUCUGGCACGGUCUGACAGCUGGGUUUGGCACUUUCACUGGGACUCGACCUUCUAGCACCUCUAUCAAAAUCGAGAAUAAAAUUGCUCCUAAAGAGAAGAAACAGAAAGUUUCCAAGUAUCCGAUUGUUGACAUAAAUGCGCAGAACAAAAUCACAAAGAUUAAAAAUAAGGAGCACGAAUUUGACGAUCCGCCGUUGGAAAAUAAAAUCGCUCCGAGAAAUGGGAGAAUAUUAUUUGCACGAUAAUGAUGUAAAUACGCAAACAACAACGAAACAAUGUGAAAUAUAAUCGUAAUUAUAAGUACUCGCUAAUUUUACAUCGUUCUGCAUAUUUCAUAUUCUUUGUACUCAUCUCAUCAUAUCAAAAAUCUUUAAACAAAUGUACCUUAUUAAAUCUAUUUAUAAUAAUUAACAUAGAAAAUAUUAUGUUUUAUAUAUUUAAAAUAAUAAUGUAUAAUUAUUAAUGUAACAUUAUGCAAAUAUAAAUAAUUGUCUUUUCAA